AUAUGUGCCGACCGUAGCUUCAGCCUCAUAAUUACGUACCAAGUUGAACCAAUCAACCAAUGUCAUGCAACCCAUUCCUAAAGCUAACCGCCAAGGCAUGUCCCUUCGAAUUCGGCGAUGCAAUUUCAAAGUCUGGAUCAAUCCGCUUCUGGAACAUAGCUGGGAAAGUCUCUGUGUGACUUCCCAAAACGUCUUGGUCGAGACUCUAAGACCAUCGUGCGAUGGUUCUUGAACCACCUGAGUGAGCGUAUAACAUAGUUACCACGGUCCUUUGGGCCGCACUCAAGCCCUCCAUUUUCACCUCGUACUAGCGGAGCAAUAGUUGCAAGGAAUCUCCUCAUGAAUGUUUUUAAUCCUCGCAUUCUUGAUGCCAGCAUCCGCGAUGUGACAGGGUGUCUAUCCGACGCUCAAAAGGCUGAUGUUCUGCUCCACGCCUUGCAGCAUUUGCCGUCCGAAGGGUCCCGGAUUGUCAUGGAGAACGCUAUUCAGUCGUUUCUCCAAGUCUCGGGCGUUCCACCACCAGAUGUUGCAAGGGCCCUCCUGUUACGUGCCAAAACCCGUUUAGCAGCUGGGUACCGAACUUCUGCACAACAAGAUUUGCUGUCUGUUCUAUCUUCAGAUCCCGCAAAUCAGGACGUUAAAGCCAUAAUACAAUCUGAACACAUACGACAAGAAAUGCUUAUUAGGGAACCUGAUGGUCCGCCUCGUUUUUCUGCAGAAGUCUGGAGAGAAGUUGCUCUCUAUCUUCCCAAACGUGAUCUGAAGUCUCUUUUAUCGGUCCCGCAUACACUCUCUCGCAUCGCAAGUCAGCUUAUUUUCCGCGAGAUUGAUCUACAUUUUACGGCGUCGCCGGAACCCUCCAGAGCCGAUGACAGAUACAGGGGUGUCCAUGGCGGUCGCGAUGGGGAGGAGCUCGACGCCUGGCACUACCAGCGAAGUGCGGAUAUUCUUACUCGCAUUCUCGUAGAUCCUGUCUUUGCCUCGCAGGUCAGAAGCUUAAGCAUAUAUGCUGUUGUUUCAGACACGUCACACACAUUGGCGUUUCAGACUGGAAUGUUAAUUAACUCUUUGCCUAAACUCUGCAACCUUCGCAGUGCGCAUUGUUCAGGCAACAAGGACUUAAUCAAUCGUAUGCUUGAAACAAUGUGUGCCUCAAACCAUCGUCUUUAUAGCCUAUCCAUUAAUUUCGUUAAUCGUUUAGGGGACAUCAACAUCCCACCAUUCAAGCACAUCACACAUUUCUCCAUCACAGCCGAGGGAGGGAAUAGUACAUCUACCCACGACUUUAUAUCACAGAGUCACGACAGCCUGCGCUCGCUGGUCAUCAAGAACGCAAACUGGACAUUCCCAACGGAUGUCAUCUCCAUCCGUCACUUGACGGUCAUCGAGUUCGAAGCCAGGUCUUCUCAGAGAUCUUGUCCACCGGCCACCAGCUGGAAGUCACUGACAUUGUCAGGUGUACUGGAAUGCACUCCAUCAGCAACGUUCCGCAUGUAUAGGUCCUCGCUUCCGUUUCUGACGCACUUUGCUCUCAAGAUUGUCAGUCUGCAUCGACAUGUCACGGACAAGGACCUCGUGCCUGCUAUCUCGGAAUUCUUGAGAGAUCGCAAACAUCUUCAUUCCUUCCACCUCAUCGUGCCUAGCGCAGACCAUCGUCGCAUUGGUUUUGACGCAUCCGCUUGGGGUGUACUACCUUCUCUAAUAAACCUCCGCAGUCUUUGUAUCACCUAUCCUAGAGAUCUUUCUCCUUCGCUAGCAGGGUGGCUUAUUCCGCGGAGUGUUCGUGCGCUCACCAUGGAGAUUAUGGUACCGCCUGCAGAGGACCUUCUUCUUUUCAUAAACCAAUUACGCCCCGGAGUCCCUCCUCUUCUCACAUUUGUUGGUAUGACAAACUUUCCAAUACGUUCUGUCAUCAAUGUGAUCGACCACGGCUUUUCCAACGUGCGGCUUGUGCGCAUCGACGAGACUGUCUGCAGUGUCAUCCGCUUAGAUGAUGGGUCGAUAGAGAUCGAGCAGUGGCCAUAUCGAAGGGUCAAGUACCACACGGCGGUGUGGUUGCAGUCCCUCGGGUGCGAAGAUGCAAUAAGGCACCUGGUAUGAUAAACACGAGGAGUUUUCAAAACAAAGACAUUGAAUGUACUUUUACAACGGUUCCACCUUGAUGUUCUGCUUAUCGGAUGGCUAUCUGUAGGCGCAAAUAUGAGGAAUAGUUUAGGGUAAAUCCCUUUGGAAGGAGU